UCCAGCCACUGCCUGGCCAUGGCAGGCCCCGCCGCUCGGCUGUUGCGGCUGCGGCUGACCCUGGUGCCGGCCUGGGCCCGUGGCGCGCCUCGCCCGCUGCUGCUGCCGGCCGGCUCCUCCUCCCGCGCGGCCUCGGCCUCGGCCUCGGCCUCGGCGGCGGAGCGCGGCGGCCCGGCAGGGCUCGAGCCGCCCCUCGGCGCGCACCGCCACCUGCGCCUGCGGGAGCUGCUGGCGCUGGCGCGGCCCGAGCGCGGCCGGCUCGCAGCUGGUGUUGGCUUUCUGACAGUGUCCAGUGUCAUCACCAUGUCAGCUCCUUUCUUCUUGGGGAAAGUGAUUGAUGCCAUUUAUACAAAUCCCAGUGAAGACUUCACCAACAGCCUGACCAGCCUCUGUGCUUUGCUGAGUGGGCUCUUUUUGUGUGGUGCUGCUGCAAAUGCCACUCGUGUCUACCUCAUGCAAACUGCAGGACAAAGAAUUGUGAAACAAUUGAGACAAAAUAUCUUUUCCUCUAUUCUGAAGCAAGAAGUUGCUUUUUUUGAUAGGACCAGCACAGGAGAACUGAUAAACCGCCUAUCUUCAGACACGGCAUUGUUGGGCCGUUCUGUGACUGAAAACCUUUCCGAUGGGCUCAGAGCAGGAGCUCAGGCUUCAGUAGGGGUUGGCAUGAUGGUUUUUGUCUCUCCCAAACUUGCCAUGUUUGUUCUGAGUAUUGUGCCCCCUCUGGUUAUCCUAGGUAUGGCUUAUUCAAAAUAUCUACGAAAGGUUACUAGAAUGACCCAGGAUUCCCUUGCAGAAGCAACACAGUUAGCCGAAGAUCGCAUUGGGAACGUAAGAACAGUUCGAGCAUUUGGGCAAGAGAUGAAUGAAAUGAAGAAAUAUGCAGACAAAGUUGGCUAUGUGCUGCAGCUAGCCAAAAAAGAGGCACUAGCUUCUGCAGGUUUCUUUGGAGCUACUGGGCUUUCUGGGAACUUGUUUGUCCUCUCUGUUCUGUACAAAGGAGGAUUACUCAUGAGCAGUGCCCAAAUGACAGUUGGUGAACUCUCUUCCUUCCUGAUGUAUGCCUUCUGGGUUGGAGUAAGCAUUAGAGGUAUGAGCUCUUUUUUUUCUGAGCUAACAAAAGGAUUAGGUGCUGGAGGACGCCUUUGGGAACUUCUUGAAAGGAAGCCAGAACUUCCAUUUAAUGCUGGUGUUGUGUUGGAUGAAGACCAUUUCAGAGGGGCUUUGGAAUUCAGAAAGAUCCAUUUUGCAUAUCCGGCACGUCCAGAAGUUUCAAUUUUUCAAGACUUCAGUCUUUCCAUUCCAGCUGGCUCUGUCAUGGCAGUGGUUGGCCCAAGUGGCUCAGGCAAAUCAACUAUUGUAUCACUUUUGCUGAGGCUGUAUGAUCCCAUCUCGGGUGCCAUCACUGUUGAUGGUUUUGAUAUCCGUCAACUAAACCCACUGUGGUUCAGAACUAAAAUUGGAACAGUAAGUCAGGAACCAAUUCUGUUCUCCUGUUCUAUUGCUGAAAAUAUUGCCUAUGGUGCAGAGGAUCCUUCUGCUGUAACUGCUGAAGAAAUCCAGAGGGUUGCUGAAGUAGCUAAUGCUGCUAAUUUUAUCAGAUCCUUUCCAAAAGGAUAUGACACUGUAGUUGGAGAAAAAGGUGUUUUACUUUCAGGAGGACAGAAACAACGAAUUGCAAUUGCUCGAGCUUUGCUUAAGAAUCCCAAAAUCCUACUGCUAGAUGAAGCAACAAGUGCUUUGGAUGCUGAAAAUGAGUAUCAAGUGCAGGAAGCUCUAGAUCGGUUAAUGGAAGGGAGAACAGUCCUAAUUAUUGCCCACCGUCUGUCCACCAUUCAAAAUGCUGAUUCUAUUGCAGUUCUUGACCAGGGAAGAAUUAUUGAAUGUGGAAAACGCGAGGAACUUCUUGCAAAUCCAGAUGGACUUUUCAGGAAACUAAUGAAGAAACAAGCUUUCCUUCAGAACAGUGAAACCUUUUCAUUAAAUUUAAAAUCUCAAAAAAGGAAUGCUUUAACAGAAUAUUUAUGAAGGUAGUUAUAAGAGGUGGAAUCUACAAAGAAUAUAACUUAUGUUUCAAGGUAUAUAAAGUAAGUGCUGCAUUUUAUUCAAAGGGUAAAAUUAUCCUUUAGGAACUUAGAUGUGUUCUUUUUAUUCAGAGGUUUUAAAUAAUUGUAUCUUUUUAAAUGUCCACAGCACUGAGAUUUGUUUUCAAUAUAUAGACUUUUCUGCUUUGGAAUAUCUGAACUUGUACACUUUGGGAUCUUGGCUGUUUUAAUGCACUGUAUAGCAAUGAACUGUUCUCAAGCAAGUUCAAGAUUUAGUGAAUGCAAAACUACACAUUCUGGUUACUUCACUACCAUCAUCUCUUACUUUUUGUACUGAUCACUACUUUGGUUUUUAGUGUCUGAAGCUAAAGAAUGUGAGACACCUAGUGGUAUCUGAAAACGUACUAUUCACGUCUCCUUUUUUUGUAAUGCUGCUUCCUUUCUUCCUCUUCCGCCCCAGCUUUUUCUUCCAAAAUAGAACUGGAAAUUGAGUUAUGAUCAGUCUGCAACAACAUAAAGAAUUAUUUAUAGACAAAAAUUACUUGAAGCUUGGUACGAAGUACCAGUCCUUAAAACAUAUGAUUUUUACAGUUAAGACAAAGGGAGCUUAAUCAAUGUGAAAAGUAUUUUUAACAGAUACAAUUCAGAAAAAUCCUAUCUUCUAUGUUUUGCAAGUCCUCAGGCCACCUUUGUGUAAUGAAACUGAAUUGGAAUAAAGAUUGCUGCAUUUUUUUUUUUUUUUUUUUUGUCACUUUACAAGGUACACUAAAGAAGCAAGCAAAAAUUUCUUCUUACAGGUUGGGUUUUUUGGGGGGGGGUUUUCCUUAAAAAUUAGGUUUUGUUGAGUCAUGAAAACCCGUGAGGGCAACCAGGGGAUUAGUGAAGUUUUGUGAUCUAAUUGUGAAGAUUAGUGAAGUGAAAUUUGGGAUCAGUUCCGCAAACCUGAAAGCCAGGCAACUAUGAUAAGAGGGAUAUGUAGUCGCCAUUUAACGUUUUCUUAAAUCCCAUGACAGCCAAACCCUUGGGCACAAAGAUACCUAUUUAGUAGUAGUAGUAGUUUAGUUAAUAGGUUUUGCUAAAACAGUACAAUAAAAUAAAAAAUAAAAUUGUUAUAUAAUUAUAGCAUUUAUAUAGUUUUAUAAUUUAUGAUAUUUGCUAAUAGUAUACAUUAAGAUUAUCCAUUAAAACAGAACGUAGUAUAUGAUGAUGAUAAUAAAUAGAAGUAAAAAAGGGGAAGUCUCUCUGAUUUCUGGCCCUUAUUUGUGCAAGUAAUGCAAAUAUACUUAGGGUAUAGAAGAAGCUCCAAUUUGUUAGAGAAGCCAAUUUUUUUUAUUUGGUGGCCCAGUAUUUAAAAUGUUCCAUGAAUAGAAAAGUCCAUUUUCCUUCUUUAAAAAACCCAAGCAAGACCAUAAAUAGUGAUUUAAGCAUCUAUCUAAUUUUUCCUACAGGAGCAUAUUCUGCCCAAAUAUGGUGCCUGACACCACUUGCCCAUGACAAGUGCAAAUUUGAAUGAAUCAGUCUAGUAAUGGCUUCCCACUGUUCAUAAUGUUGUACUGCAGAUAGGCAGGUUUCUAGGGCAUAGGCAUGCUUUUUAUCAGUCUCAAGAAGGGGAAGUUUGAGAGAGUCUCAUUGCAUCCAUAUCUGUCCGUCUGCUGGUAUCUUUACUACUUAUAUUGUCUUGUUUUAAAUAGUGAUUCUCAGUACAUUUCCUGGGAUGUUUGUCUGGAGGAGAAUGUAGAUGUUAUUAUUUAACCAAAGAACAAACCAAACAAAGGUGUAUUUAGAAAAGUAGAGGCUUCUGAAAUGCACUUUAGGUAUCUGGUAGGUAUAAAAGAUCUAAUUUUCAUCUAAUAGUUUAGAAUUCUUAAUUGAACUAAGAUGCUCACAUGAACUAGUGUUCUCCCCCUCUCCAUCCUCCCAGCACCCUUGUAGAAUUCGGUAGAGAUAAAAGCUGUCUUAAAGUAGUUGGAGAACUAACACUGUCCCCUUCAAGUAAGAUGUGAGGACACAAAUGUUAGAGAGCUAUAGUAAAGCUGGGAAGAUGAGGCUUGAUGUUCUUUCUUUCUAAAUUAAAGAUAUUUGAAGAGGGUUUUUUCCUCUCUCUCUAUCUGUGCUUUGUGUAGGGGAUGAAAAUUCACAAGGUCAAAUAAGAACUUAUGUAUUUUGCAGGUCACCUGAGAUCUCUCUGUUCUGGGAAACGUACCUACUGCUAAAACCCACUGUCAGCAAACGGUAGAUUUUCAUAAUUCUCUCAGGCAGAAAUGUUAAAAUAUUGAUGCUUGAAUGGGGUACAGCAUUUUUGUGCAAGUGUUCAUUCCAGGAACAUCUUUGGAUGUGGACAUGAGGAAUACAGCAGACAAGUUGUUGUUGGGUUUUUUUGUUUUGUUUUUGUCAAUGGAUGUUCAACAUCCUUGAAUUUCAGAGAGAAUUACUGAAAGCCUUAAGUGGCUUAUUUUCUAAUUUAAUAAUUAAGCCAUUGUAUGGAACUUAAAAGGAAUACUAAAAAUAUUUCUAGAUGUUAAUUAAUAUCUAUUAAUCUAGGCCAGGGUUUUCAACCUUUUUUUGGUUGGUGAACCCUGGCAGCCAGUUGGGGGCUGGGGGGUGGGGUCCUGCGCACCCACCUGCGCAGUGGCAAAACCAGAAGUGCCGGUGGCGCGCAGUGGCAAAACCGGAAGCAUCGGCAGCACGGAAACAAAAGCGGCCCACCCCCUGCUUCUCUGGGUCAAUGCUGCAUACCUCCUGGGACCUUCCCAAGUACCCCCAGGUUGACAACCCCUGAUCUAGGCUUUAGAUUUUCUCCUUUCCAUUCUUAAUUGUAAACAACAGUUGUGCCAAAAGAUGGUACCAAAUCUAUAAGACAAAAAUGUACCUUAGCAGUACUUUUGAAACUUCAGUGCUACCUACUAAUUAUUUUCUCUACAUACCCCUUUCUCAAUGAUGGGCUAGACCUGGAAAACCGUUACUCAUAUGGAUAAUUAUUCAUCAGGGGCUCAUCCAGCACUUCAUCUAUGUUCAUAGCUUAAGCAGUCAGGCUAAAGAAUUUUUUUUUUUUUUUUGUCAAGGAAAUGAAUGUAUGAACACUGCUUUUUCACUGGUGGUUGUUUUGUAAACAGACACUUCAGCUUUGAUUCAGGAGGCGGCCAGUGGCUCCGUCAUGACAGGCACAGUAGCAAUGUGAGUUUAUAGCAGGCCCUUGUUCAGGAUGGAACUGAGGGAAGCAUUCAUGGGGGCAAACCAGAAAUGUGAUGGACAAGGGAAUUUUUCAGAAAUAUCUAAUUGAUAUUUUAGUAAGACUCGGUGGCAUUUGAAUUCUUAUAUCCUUUAGGCACACUUGAAAAAUGUACUCAGUUGGAAAUGAACGGUCUAUCACAGCACUUAUGUUCCACUGCAGGGAGCUGUGCUGGGCACUGUGGAUAGCUGCAUAACCUACAGACCCUACAACUCGUGUAGGUACUGCUCUAUUUGGGUCUGGCUUACUGCAUACAUCCAAAAUAGAUCUAUUCUGUACAGAUACACCCUUUACUGCAGUUAUAUACAGUUCUAGCUCUGAGGCUGGUAGGAAGACUUUAGUUCUUCUAUGAAGGAAACUAUUAAAUAUACAGUAUGUCUUUAAAAACAUGUGAAGUAUUGCUCUCUCUGGUUCAAAAGGGAAUCUUUUGAAUGGUUACCCAUAUAAAGACUAAUUCUAGUAAAUUGUUAAUGUAUGUCUCUGCCAAACUUGAUAGUGUAAGAGUGAUGUUGUAGCCAUGAUGGUCCAGGAAUUAUGCAAAGAGAAAACAUGUCUUAGGGUGCUGUCUUUUUAUUGGACAGAAUAGGACCAACAAAAGAUCUUGCCCUAAGACAUCCUUGCCACUGACAAUCUUGAUAGACUUGUUUUACCAAGGACCAUUUGGUUUCAUGCAGCCUUUGAGUCCACUGUAGUAUGAUGAAGGAAAGGAAACCAAGCAAAAACCAAUGUAAUGGGGGGACAGAACAGUGUAUUGCAACUCCUACUGUUAAAAUGAACUUGUUUGUUUAUAUUAACUGACUGUAUUUUUUCAGCAUUGCUUUCCUGGUUGUAUUUUUUUUUUAGUAACUUUUUUAUUAUGGAAUAAAAUUUUAUAAAUAACA